AUGGCAUCCGGGCGUCAGGGCGUCGUGGUAUCCGGGCGUCAGGUUGUCGGGGUGUCCGGUCGUCAGGGUGUCGUGGUAUCCGGGCGUCAGGGUGUCGUGGUAUCCGGGCGUCAGGGUGUCGUGGUAUCCGGGCGUCAGGGUGUCGUGGUAUCAUGGUGUCAGGGUGUCGUGGUGUCAGGGUGUCAUGGCAUUCGGGCGUCAGGGUGUCGUGGUAUCCGGGCGUCAGGGUGUCGUGGUAACCGGGCGUCAGGGUGUCGGGGUAUCCGGGCGUCAGGGUGUCGUGGUAUCCGGGCGUCAGGGUGUCGUGGUAUCCGGGCGUCAGGGUGUCGUGGUAACCGGUCGUCAGGGUGUCGUGGUAUCCGGGCGUCAGGGUGUCGUGGUAUCCGGGCGUCAGGGUGUCGUGGUAUCCGGGCGUCAGGGUGUCGUGGUAUCCGGGCGUCAGGGUGUCGUGGUGUCCGGGCGUCAGGGUUUCGUGGUAUCAUGGUGUCAGGGUGUCGUGGUGUCAGGGUGUCAUGGCAUUCGGGCGUCAGGGUGUCGUGGUAUCCGGGCGUCAGGGUGUCGUGGUAA